CCAUAGUAAAACAUAGCGUCUAUUAACCCGUUUUCCUGCCGCUAUUUGUUUCUUAAUUUUUCUGUUUAUACAUUCUCACGUAACGUUUACGUGAGCUCCAAAUACUCAGCUCUUCAUCAAAUUCGAUUCCAUAUUAUUUCUUUCUUUAAAUUUGUAUGUGAAAUUUGUAAGAUCAGUUUUCUGAAACUCUUCCUUUUCUUUAUCAGAGAUCUCAGAAUAAUUUUUAAUUUCUAUUUGCAAAAAAAUGUCAUCAAUUUCAUCAAGUCCGAGAACUGUAGAAGAGAUCUUCAAAGAUUAUAACGCUCGCCGUACUGGAAUAGUUCGUGCUUUAUCAUAUGAUGUGGAUGAAUUUUACAAUCUCUGCGAUCCAGAGAAGGAAAAUUUGUGCCUAUAUGGACAUCCGAAUGAAACCUGGGAAGUCAACCUUCCUGCCGAAGAAGUUCCACCUGAGCUCCCAGAGCCAGCACUUGGGAUAAAUUUUGCGAGGGAUGGAAUGACUCGUAGAGAUUGGCUUUCACUGGUCGCCGUGCAUAGUGAUUGUUGGUUGCUUUCUGUGGCUUUCUUUUUCGGAGCUCGUCUUAACCAAAAUGAGAGGUACUCUUCUAAGAUACAGGUUCUCUCUUCACUGUUUCUGUUGUCUAGCUGUGAUCUACCUGACCUCCACCAGCUCUCUCUUCACUGUAAUUUAAACUAAUAUGGUCCUUAACUCUUAAAAGAGUGAAUAGGGUUAGUUAUUUAUCCUGGAUGGGUUGUCUCUCUCUUACUCCCUGUUGUUCCUGCUAUUCUUUUGUUGUCUCAAGCUAAAAAAUUAGAUAAUUAUUUAUGAGGAUGUAAGUUCAGUUGCUAACUGGCUAAAGUUGAACAUUUUAGUGGUUAAUGAACUGAACUUUAGCAGCGAGUCUGUUCCUUAUCCUCACUCUAAAUGUCCUUUUGGCUGUAUGCAGUUUUGGAGAAAUAAUCAAUAAUCAACUAAGCCUUAAUCGCAAACUAGAUUUGAAUCCUCUAUAUAUUUCGUUCUAUUUGAGCCCAUUUCAAGCUAGCAAUGGUGAGUAAUUUGUCUCUUAAACCUUUGGGGGUUCUCUAGAAAAGUGAUUCUCUAAAUCUCAUACUUAUCCCUACCCAGACCUAAUAUAAGUUAUAUUGCAAUCUUACUAUUGUAAAACAGUUCUCCUUAACUAAAUGUAACUUCUGUCUAGAUUUUCUAAGGGUUUCAAGAACUGUUAGCAAGUCAUGAUUCGAGGAAUCUAUAGCAUUUGAUUUAGGCAUUAAUAAGUAACAUGAAUGUGCAGGAUGGAAUAUGCUUACUGAUGCUCUUAUUAUGUUUAACUGUACACAAUGGAAGACCAUGUUGAUAAUAUUUUCCACUGAUAUGUCUAUAUCGGAGUACUGUCUAAUUCUACAAAUUUUCCUUCGUAAUGGGUGCCGCCAGGAUGUCAUUAUAGGAUCCAUUGGAAUGUAAAGUGAGUUUGCUAUGGGGAAACUCUGUGGGAAAAGAACAUAGUUAUUCCUUUUUCAGUUUUAGAUUUAAAUGAAACAUUUAUCUGUUUAAGCUAUCUGCUCUGUUACAACCUGGUUGCUAUUUCAAUGUUGGUAACACGAACUCUAUUCAUUCAAAAUGAUGCUUUUCUUUUUAUUCAGAACAUAUAUGUUUGUAGAUGUUUCUUAUGGGUGGAGGGAAUGCAUUCUGUUGGUUGUAUAUGUUAGUCAUACUUGUCCGAUAGAGAGGUUGUACAUUGUGCUUGAUUGUAUGUUGUCUCCCUUGUGCAUUUGCUUACUAAAAUAAUCUUUUAUUGGAGUUAGAAGUCAAUCCAUAACUCACGCUGUCUGUUAAGAACAAAACUUCGCUGCACAACAUUUUACCUUUUUUUUUAUCUCUUGUGAAUACCAUCCUGUUGUUCGCUGAUUUUAGCUGUGAUUUAAAGUUACUAGAGAUUGUUGGAAGAACUUUUAUACAAUUCUUUACACAUUGGCUAUCUUUGAGGAGAUAAUCUUCUGGACAUCUGGUGUGUGCUCCUCUCCGUUGGUCCGUCCUUUACAUUUCCGAAAUCUGACCAUUUUAUUAGCGUUGCAUAUUCCUUCUAGUCUAUUGGUCCAUGGGUUUAUUUUAGCUGCUACAUUGCAGUGAUUUAGAUUUAUAAAAAAUGUAAUGAUGUUUUUGUACUUGAUUUGUACUUUGGGAUUCCCCUAUCUAUUGGGGACUCGCCAAGGGGCCAAGGAACUCUUUGCUGUUUAUAAUUAUUGAUUUUUGUUAAAAGGAAGAGAAAUAUAAUUUAGUAAUAUAUGUCAGAAUGUUCUAUAUUCAUUUUAUGUGUUUUGGUAAUAGUAUAAAAUAAUCUUCUUAAUUAUUUCAUAAUUAGGAAUCUCGAUAUUUAGUUAACUUUCCUAAUUUCAUUUAGUGAUGUGCCUUUGUUCUAGUAUCCUAAAAGAUGGAGCCCUCAUGCUUCUUCUUCUUCUUCUUAAAAAAAAAGGACAUAAAUCUUUUUCAAGAAAUAAGUAGCCUUCCUGUAUAUUGUCUAUAACCAAUUCAAGACAAGUUCUCUCUCUUCUGUCCUAUACCGUUUUACAUGGUAAAAGAGGUUAUCGUAGUAGACCUAAAUAGCUUGGCGCUACUGGGUGGUCUUAUUUCACCUCCCCUGCCUAUUUUCCUUAUUGUAAUUAUGUUACAUUUCUUGUAAUUUUCUUAUGACCAUUCCAGCUCAUUGCCUCUUCCAACCACUAUUAGUUAUUCUUCUGUCUUCUUUUCAAGCAAAGCAUUCUCUAAAACUUCUUUUCAUUCUUCAUAAUGAUAUUAGAGUCUGGGUGUUGUAUCUUUCAUCUGAACAUUAAAUUCCUGAUCAUUGUUUUAAAUCUUGUUCCCUUAUACUGCAUGCAAUUAAAGUUAGGGUGAUGAGCCCCUCCUCUAAAUCUUGAAUUUCUGGUCGAUGUUCCAACAACUUUUUUGGUUAAUAUUUAGUUGGCAAUUUUUGUAUGGCAUCUUUUUCCGGUACUUAAAAAUAAAUGCCUUACAAGCUGCAAUUUCUUUCACUAUGGGAAUACCAGCGACAUUCCGCAUGAAGAAUUCCAGCACUACUAUUUGCGUUAAAAGUAUUUAUCUAAGUCUUGUUCCGUCCUCUGUUGGGUUUCAUUUGUGACAUUUAGCUUUUCAAUAUUUUCAUUUUUGCAGUUUUCUUAAUUUUCUUUCACCUAUUCCAUCCCUUCAUCAUUUUCCUGUUGUGGUGGUAGAGGUGAACAAAUCACAAAAUAGUCUCAGUCUACUGGCCGUGUGCAGCCAAAAACAACUAUUCCGUCAUUUUGUUUAUAUGACAGCAUUUGAGUGGACACAACAUUUAAAAAAGAAAAGAAGAAUUUUCGUACAUACCAAAAAACUGUUAGACCCCCAAAGUCGGACAUGACGGAAGAGGCAAAAGACCAAGGCAAGGGCAUGUGCAUGGGCCCUUGACUUGGGCAAAAAUGUGGGCUAAGGCAAGGCUGGAUCAGAUGGUUGAGUUGGCAAGAUGACUUGACAAUCGUCAAUGCCUGGCUGACAAGGCAUGUUGGGCAAGGUUGCUGGCAGAAGCAAUGGCAUGAACCUGGCUGACAGGUAGGCAUGAUGGCGGGCUGACAGCAACAGAGGCAUGCUCUGACGGAAAUGAUUUGUUGGGCAAGGUUGCUGGCAGAAGCAAUGGCAUGAACCUGGCUGACAGGUAGGCAUGAUGGCGGGCUGACAGCAACAGAGGCAUGCUCUGACGGAAAUGAUUUGUUGGGCAAGGUUGCUGGCAGAAGCAAUGGCAUGAACCUGGCUGACAGGUAGGCAUGAUGGCGGGCUGACAGCAACAGAGGCAUGCUCUGAUGGAAAUGAUUACCAGCACAAGCUGCUGCAACAGGCAUGGCAUUGGGGCAGUGUGCGUGGCACACCUGGCAGCUGGACUGGCUGCAUGUGAGACAGCUGGCACAUGCAGAAAUACUCUUUGUAAAUGUAUUAUACCUGCUGAGGCAGAACUUGUAUAAAUAUAGGAUGUUGUAAAGAGCUUUCCCAACUCGUGAUUCUUUGUAUUUAUCUGAGAGAUAAAUAAAAGUUGGGCUUGUUGCCUGUAAACAUUGUGUGCCUGUUUCCCUCGUUUAAUUCUGUCUUUGCACCUAAGUAUCAAAACAGGUGUUCUUGUGGGCUGAAGUUAGCUGCGAGCUGACUGCCAUACAGUGGUGCCAAC